UCUGCCUCUGUAUCUGGCGAGCCACUAACUAUCUACCCAGGCAGAGACGGCUGUGGUAGCUGAAAAUAGCGAGCUAGCCUUGCUGUUCCCCGUCUUAUCUAACCCAAGAGUCGACAAGCAGCUAAAACGCCAGAAAUGAACGCUAAUUCAUGAGUGUGCGGAAGACUUUUGUUGGAGGAAACUAUGGAAGACUGAAAGACGGGGGACAUUUUAUAGGUAAUUUUUUUACCGGCUUUUCGGCCAAGCCGCCAGCUCAAACAGCCUUCGCCUUCUCUACGGAAGUUGUGGUCGGAAAAUACGGUCACGGUACACGGGGCUUCGUGGUGUGAGUGCCCAUGAGAAAACCACGACGGAGAGGAGGCCUGGCCGGGGCCCAGAGUGAUGCCUCGGACACGGGUACAGCAGCCGGGGAGGAAUCGCAGCCACGGUCACCCUCCCCCUACCGACUAAAGGUUUCACCCACCAGAGAAACCCUAACAUACGCCCAGGCUCAGAAGAUCGUGGAAGUGGACCUGGAUGGAAGACUGCAUCGAAUCAGCAUUUUUGACCCCCUGGUGGUGAUCACCGAGGAUGAGAUGACUGCUCAGGAUAUCGCCGAGUGUAAUAGCAACAAAGAAAACAGCGAGCAGACAUCAGUGAGCACUGUCGUCAGCUCGCCACGCAGAUCGGUAGCCAACAGAGGCAAAAAGAAAGAUGUCAAGCAGUUAUCUUCAUCUCAGAAUCACUGCUCCAACUCUCACGGACAGUCUCAGACGCAGUCAAGUGGGAACAGCCACCAUGGCACAUUACCCAAGCCCACUUUCAGAGAACAUGAGUCUUAUGAACCAGUGGAGGCGCCUCCGCGGCCUUCGGCGUACUAUCGUUAUAUUGAUAAAUCCAGUGAAGAUCCAGACACAGAUGCAGAGUAUGAUAUGGAUGAGGAGGACGUGGCCUGGCUCGAACUGGUGAAUGAAAAACGAGAUUCAGACGGCCAGCCACAAAUAUCACCCGACACCUUUGAACUUCUGAUUGAUCGUCUAGAAAAGGAGUCGUUCUUAGAGUCGCGAAGCCAAGCACCCUCACAGAGCGUCAUCGACGAAGAUGCCUUCUGCUGCGUCUGUUUGGACGACGAAUGUCUUAACAGUAACGUCAUCUUAUUUUGCGAUAUUUGCAAUCUAGCUGUGCACCAGGAGUGUUAUGGGGUUCCUUAUAUCCCAGAGGGGCAGUGGCUUUGCAGGUGUUGCUUGCAGUCGCCAUCUCGCCCCGUGGACUGUGUGCUGUGCCCUAAUCGGGGUGGUGCGUUUAAACAGACGAGCGAUGGACGAUGGGCACAUGUUGUUUGUGCUAUUUGGAUCCCUGAGGUGUGUUUUGCUAAUACAGUCUUCCUUGAGCCCAUUGAGGGUGUGGAUAAUAUUCCACCUGCUAGGUGGAAGCUAACAUGCUACUUGUGCAAGCAAAAAGGUUGUGGUGCAUCUAUUCAAUGCCACAAAGCAAACUGCUACACGGCUUUCCACGUCACCUGCGCGCAAAGAGCAGGACUUUUUAUGAAAAUAGAUCCAGUUCGAGAGACUACUUUAAAUGGGACUACGUUUUCGGUGAAAAAGACUGCGUUUUGCGAGGCACAUUCGCCGGCAGUGAAUGGGUCGGACGAUGAAGAGACCGGGGGAAGGGUCUUGGGGUGUAGGGCUAACAGGGGCCGCAGUGCCUACACGCAGACGCCAGAGCUGAAGAAGCAGAAAGGAAGCAAUAAAGUGGAUUCUAAGCAACCGCAGAAGAAAGGGAAAAAAGAAGAGGUGUCCAAAAAAUCCACAACACUGUUGGUCACUGUCCCAGAAAUACCCACUCAAAGGCUGAACAAAAUUUCUAAAGAUGUAAUCAUACAGAAGAAGAAUCAGUUCAUGCAGAGACUUCACAAUUACUGGUUGCUUAAGCGUCAGUCCCGCAAUGGAGUGCCUCUCAUUCGACGUUUACAUUCGCAUCUACAGGGCCAGAGGAGUGCCGAACAGGCGGAGCCAGAUGAAAAGCUGAAUGCUGUGAGAGAAGAGCUGAAGUACUGGCAGAAGCUUCGUCAUGAUCUGGAAAGAGCUCGACUGCUUAUUGAGCUCAUCCGCAAGCGAGAGAAACUAAAGAGAGAGCAGGUGAAGAUUCACCAGGCAGUGACCGAACAUCAGUUAACUCCAGUUCUGGUACUGCUGAGCUCCACUUUAGAGCAGCUUCAGGAGAAAGACACAGCAAAAAUAUUUGCACAGCCUGUCAACUUGAAAGAGGUCACAGAUUACCUGGAGUUUAUCACGCACCCCAUGGACUUCUCCACAAUGCAGUCCAAAUUGGAGGCUCACAAGUAUCGCUCUAUCACUGACCUGGAGGCUGAUUUCAACCUCAUGAUCUCCAACUGCCUGCUUUACAAUGCUAAAGACACAGUGUUUUACCAAGCUGCAAUACGUCUGAGGGACCUAGGGGGCGCUAUCCUGAGGCACGCUCAGAGACAAGCCCAAAACACAGGCUUCGACCUGGACACGGGCAUGCACCUGGCAGAAUCGCCACAUAAAAAUGACUACUACCGCUGCACUUUUGAAGAUGUUGACACGCUGCUAGACCCUGAUAAUCGAUUGCACAUGACGACGGAAAACCAAUUGAGGGAGCUGCUAGAAAAAUUAGACGUGGUAACGUCUAUGCGCUCGAGCGGCGCACGAACACGACGGGUUCGCCUGCUGCGACGAGAAAUCAACAAAGUCCGCUUUAAGCAGAACUUAAAAAACUCACACAUUCUCAAUGGAGACCUCAAAGAUGAUGACGACGAGGAUGAUGAAGACAAAGAGAUGGAUGCUGAUCAUAACCUGUCAUCAUCGUCGUCAGAUAAAGAUGAUUGUAAAUCAACCCCUCCACCCAUGCUGGAGCCCACAGGCCUGGCUUUGUCCCCUCCACCAGGAGACACUCCACAGGAACCACCAACCCUCCGACCAAUGACAUCCGACCCCAGAAUCUCCUCGUGCCCACCAAAACGCCUCAAACUCAACAGCGAGAGCCAAGAGCCCGACUCAGACCCCACACCUAUGAACAGCUGCACCAAACCAGAGGACGUGCCACCUGAAAUUAAACUAUUCAAUGGUCUUUCCUCCACCGAAUCACCGUCCCGGCCCAAUACUGGAGGUGUCGGGAGAAGAACGUCCGUCCUCUUUAAAAAAGCGAAAAAUGGAGCCAAACUCCAGCGUGAAAGAGACAAUCAGAUGCAGAAUGGAAACCGGGAGGACGGAGACGCUGCACGCACACAAAACUGCACCGCCACUGUCAAGACUGAAACUACAGCCCAGCCAAAACCCUCCACACCUCCGCCCAUUUCAGCCCCAGCCAAACAGCAGACGAGGAGCCACAGCUGCAGUCCGGAGCGCGAGAGGACGCCUCCUCGACUCACUCUAGAGCCUGCACUUACUAAUGGAUUCAGAAAGCACAAAGAUGGCGGCUCUGACUCGGAAUGCAGCUCGUCUCCGACUCUGAGAGAACUUAUCUCAACCCCUAAAAAGAGCAGAGGAAAACCUGCUUUGUCCAAAGUACCAUUUUUAGAGACUGUUAAUGGAGACUCUGACUACACUGGGACUGAUGUGCUGUCAAAUGGAGAUACGCCUGAACCUGAACCUCUGGAUUUGGUGUGGGCCAAAAGCAGAGGAUAUCCGUCCUACCCUGCUCUGAUCAUCGAUCCAGACAUGCCUCAAGAUGGUCUUUUGCAUAACGGCGUCCCGAUCCCUGUUCCUCCACUCGACGUACUUCGCCUCGGGGAACAGAGACAAGAAGAAGCCGGAGAAAGACUCUUCCUGGUUCUCUUCUUCGACAACAAACGCACCUGGCAGUGGCUCUCGAAAGAUAAAGUGAUUCCUCUCGGCGUUGACGACACCACUGAUAAACUGCGUAUAAUGGAGGGCAAGAAGACCAGUAUCAGAAAGUCUGUGCAGGUGGCCUACGAUCGUGCUAUGAAGCACUUGAGUCGAGUUCGAGGAGAUCAUGGUUUCGUCGGCUCCAACUACAUGUAGAGCAGAAACGUCCACCACAUCUGACCGUUUAAAGCAGUGAUGGCCAACCCUGUUCCUGGAGAUCUACCUUCCUGCAUAUUUCAGUUGCAACACAUAUCAAACACACCUGCCUGUAAUUAUCAAGUGCUGUUCAGGUACUAAUUAAUUGGUGCAGGUGUGUUUGAUCAGGGUUGGAGCUGAACUCAGCAGGAAGGUAGAUCUCCAGGAACAGGGUUGAGCACUCCUGGUUUAAAGGAACAAUCCAGUUUUUAAAAUAAAAGUAGACCGAUUUUACCAAUUCCCUAGAGUUAAACAGGUGAGUUUUUAAUUUUUUAAUCCAUUCAGCCGAUUUCUGUGUCUGGCGGGAGCACUUUUAGCUUAGCUUAGCAUAGCAUAGAUAGCAUCUCACUCAAAAAUGACCUGAAAGAAUGCUUGAACUAUUCCCAACUAGGUAACUUCUAAUGUUGGGUUAUAUUGACAGAUGUUGGCUGAAUUUUCAGGUGCUGUGUAAUAUCAUUGUGUCGCUUCAGACAUGGUAUGGCAGUAAAGUUUCUUGAUUAUUACACUGGAAUGAGAGUAUAGAUCCUAGGCCUCAAACUUGAUUCCUGGAGGGCCGCAGCUCUGCACAGUUUUGCUCCAACCCUAUCAAACACAGCUGAUUCAAGCAAUUGAGGUGCUCAAAAGAGUCAUGAACACUUCAUUAGUUGGAUCAGCUGUGUUUGAUCAGAGUCUGAGCUAAACUGCAGAGUAUGAGUUUGAGUAUGGUAUAGUUCCUAGCCAUAUCGACCUAGAAAAUCCAUGUUCCAUUGUUCUUAGUACAUACUUUAUCUACAGAGGUGUCCAAUUUUAAAUAAUAAAAUGACCUGAACUCUUUGGUCAUUUUUGAACAUGAUGCUAAUGGUCUAAUCAUAUUCAAUGAUCUAUGCUAAGCUAAGCUAAAAGUGAUUAAUUAAAAAUUAUACUAUUCAACUGUUUAACUCUAGGGGAGUUGCGAAAUGAGCCUAUUGUCAAGAAGUGUAGUGUUCCUUUAAAUCACAGGUCUCAAACUCAAUUCCUGGAGGGCCACAGCUCUGCAGUUUUUCUCCAACCCUAAUCAAACACAGCUGAUCCAGCUAAUCAAGGUGUUUAAGACUACUCGAGACUAUUAAGCAGGUGUUAGUUGAAGCUGGUUGGAGCUAAACUAUGCAAAGCUGCGGCCCUCCAGGAAUUGAGUUUGAGACCAUUGCUUUAAAUGGAACCCGAUCACUGAGAAUAGUUUUAAUUAACCUUUUGCUGCAAAUCAGAUUCAGUCUAGUUUUUCUUUUACCAGAUUUUGGAGGUCGUAGAAGAGUGCUAUGGUUUGUUUUUAUGAGGCGUCACUUUAUGUCAUUU